AUGAUACGCAGAGCACGAGACAUUUUGGACUAUACCACGGGCUGGGACCCGGCUAUCGCCAUACCCACUUUAGUGGGAAGUCUGUUGUCAUUCUUCGCUUCGAGCAUUGUCAUCACACUCUGGGCUGCGUUCGGUGCGGAGCGGAGGUCCUUCCGGUACGCACUCAUCCUGAACCUUACGGUAGCUGAGUUCAUUAAUUCUUUGAACAACUCGAUAUCGGGGCUAUACAUCGUCAUCAAUAAAGGAAAGGCCCACGACGGGCCGUCAUGCGAUCUAAACGGUUGGAUAGGCCAGUUUUCCGUGCAGGCGGUUGACUUCUCAAUCUUGGCCAUCGCGGUCGUUACACUCCUGACGAUUCAAUUCAAGUCGUACAUCCUGUACGCCCCGACUUACAGAAAGGUCCUGAUCUGCCUGUCCAUCUGGAUCGUCCCGCUCAUCACCAGCAGCACCGCCCUCGGCCUCAACGUCAUCCGACCCGUGUCGGGCAAUUGGUGCUGGAUCUCGGGCGAACACCGGUACCUGCGGUACGCGCUGGGCCACGGCUGGCGCAUCGCCAUCAUCAUCCUGACCUUCUGCAUCUACGUCUACGUCUUCGCGUACAUGCACCAGCGGCUACGCAUGCGCGACAAGUCGGACCAAGCGCGCACGUACUCGUUCGACUACGGCAACGGCGCCAACGGCUUCGAGAUGAACUUCUGGCUCGCCAACGGCGGGCCCGUGAAUGGUGGUACCGGUGCUAGGGGCCAGGCAGGGACGGGGAAGGGGGUGGAUGAUGGCGGCGAGGAAGGCUUGCCGCUGCCGCCGCCGAAGGCGUUUGGAGGCGCGGCGGCGAAGAGCGGGGGCCGCGACGAGGCGGAGGAGAAGCUGAUUGCGCCGCCGAGGAUGAGGAUCAGGCAGACGACGGAUAUCGACAAGGACGUGUGGCGGAUGGUGCUGCUGAACUUGUAUCCGGUCACGUACUUGAUACUGUGGCUGCCCGGGAUAGCGAAUCGGAUCGUCGAGGCGACGGGGAAUUACAGUCGCCCGUUGGGGAUCUUGCAGAGCUCGACGCAGUAUGUCGGGUUUGCGAAUGCCUGCGUGUACGGCUUUAAAGAGCAUUGGGAUGAUAUCAAGUACUGGUGGGGAAAGUUGAGGAGUUGA